AUGACGUCAUCCGUGUGUGUGCCGGAUACCAUAGAGUCUCUGACAAGAUUGGAUCACCUCUACCCUCAGCCUCAGUCCUCGCACCGCUGUGUGCUCAAACCCAGACCUAUCCGCCUCGCCUCCGUGCAGCAGCUGUGGGUGACCAGAGAUGCCCAAGUUCAAGGCCGACACUCUCUCUACACAAAGCCUCACUUUGAACGCGACGUAAGCGGAGGCUGUUUCCAUAUCCAGCCUUUUCAGAACGAAUAUUACGGGCUGAGAGAUUCGGCGGAAAUAUCUCGUCAAUAUUGUAGGGAGCUUGCUGUAGACAGGAAUCUCGUACCCUCUGAAGGGAUUGAUAACAUAUCGCCAGCAGCUCAGAAACUGCAAGAACACAUCGCCCCACACCGUGCCCCAACUGUGACGUCAGCCAGGGGACAUCUGCACAGAUCCGGUCAUCCCUACGAGACUUUACGUUCCUGUCAUCAGUCAAAAAUUCCGUCUAAAUCUUCCCUGUUAGGAGAUCUAAUCCGUCCUUACAGCGGGGGCUUGCAUACGCCAAGGCCGAUAACAAAAGUAGGAUUCUGGGGGAACUCUCUAGGUCUAUCUAGAAUGUCUCGGGACGCCAGGAAGAGCUUCUACUGCGCCCAAAGACUGAAGCAGAAAGCUCUACAGCAGAAGAAGAAACACUUCUUGACACCCGUUUCUAAGAACAGACCUGGACGAUUUGGGUUUAGAACAACAAAUGUGUACGCUUAUAACGCUUUGUCUGAGAAAAUAAGAAGUCCCAACGACAUAUCUUUUGACGUGGAAGAUUCUAGACUCAAGAGCAGAGAUAAUGUUUCGGAAGAUGGUACAUGGGGGAGUUCUGCAGCUUUAGACAAGAUGGACUCCACUCAGUUAGAAACAAGAGCGCAAUCGGAAAAGCAUGGGACUGAAAACGCCGCUUCGGAUAAACGGGAAUAUAACAACACAAGCUUGUCGAACCUCGAAAACGAAUCUUUGGUUCGUCUUCCGUAUCGAUUCCAUGAUCAGCAGCACCGAUCUCUGAGCUCCGAGAACAAGAAGACAUUCCGAUGCCCGCAGUGCCGAUACGUGACCGACAGAAAGAACAACCUGAAGCGACAUAUCGUGACCAUGCACCAGGAGAGCACCAAACUGCUGGAGUGUUGCGGGGUGGGCUUCCAGAGCAAGGCUGCUCUCAGAGACCACAACGCCAUCUUCCACAGGGGAGGUUACCGCUGUCAGAUCUGCUCCAGAAAUUUUUGCCGGAAAGCUUUAUUGAGGCGACAUCUAACUGUCCACAGCGGCCAGAAAGAUUUCUUCUGUGAGCUGUGUGGGUACGCCACGAGCCACAAGUCCAACUUGGAGCGACAUCAGAAAGUCCACAGUAAACGCGCUGACUUUAUAGAGAAGAAAGAAAACAUAGCGGUAAAACCCACACGAGACGCUGAAGGAAAUAUUGACGCCAGUCUGAAGGAGACUCGGCAGAGAAUGCUUGAGUCACCAGACGAAUUGUUCCCGCCUCUCCACGCUGGGAUAUCUGAUCCAGAAGCAAUUGUAAGACCUACCAGAAUGGGCAUUGAUGACGUAGAAUCCUGCAUUCAGGGGAACUCGCUUCUGCGUAAGAGGCAACGUAAGCGACUGCAGUGUUCAAAGAAGUUCCUGCUGCCCAGAAGAUUGAGGGAAACUUAUGUGGACAACACAGAAAACACCAGGUCGAGAAGCAUCGGUGAACCCCCUUGCACCCCUUCCCAGUUUAAUGAACCUCCUUGCACCCUUUCCCAGUGUAAUGACUCUACUUGCACCCAUUCUCAGUGUAAUGAACCCCCUUGCACCCCUUCUCAAUGUAUUGACCCCACGUGCACCCCUUCCCAGUGUAAUGAACCACGCUGCCACCAUAACCGGUGUGCUGAACCCCCAUACGCGAUCUCCGAAUGCGGUGAAGCCCCCAGCCCCCACUCCCCGUACGCUGAUCCCCACUGUUUAGUGUCCAAAUGCCCUGAGGAUAAAACUCCGGAUGAACAGUUUUCUAAGCACGACACUAGCACUGUGGGGGAAACUACUACACAAUCUGUUUUGAGCUGUCUCAAACGACGCCAGUCUGGGAGUGAGAGAAGAAGGAGAGAAACAGAUCAAUCAACGAACGAAGACGCGUCCUGGAUUCCUCAUAACACCAUCACACAGAACAACCACACAAACAAUGAAGAAAUGGACGAUAAUCCCAGACGUUUCGAUAAAAGACAACAUUCUCUAACAACACCGCUACCGGAUCAAUCUGCUCGAGGUGACGUCACAACAGGACCCGUAGACAAUCUCCAAUACUUGACGUCACCGCGACAGCGUCUGUUCUCAGUGGUCUACAGUUGCCCGGACUGUCUGCACGUGUACCUGAGUCAGCGGCAGCUUGGCUCGCAUUUGUGCCGGCACCAGGUCGCAGACCCCAGUCUCCGGGUUCCCGUGGUGACGUCAGUUUUGAGGGGUCGCCUCGGGGUGGUCAACUACGCUGUGAUGUAA